AUGGAAAAACCUGUGAUGCAAGUGUUCAAGGCCUUCAAUUGCUCUAGUUGUGCUGUCCCUUUAACCAUCGCCACCGAUUGCACUCCAAGGCCUAACGGCAAUGAGGCCUGUCAACGGACUUGUGGCGAAAUGAUCUGUCAAGCGUGCCUAACCGCCAAUCGACAUCACUGUGGACGCGUCCAUUGUUCCACUGAAAUUUCGUUCGUUUUGAAAGAUCUUUUUAACUCCGGAAGUUUGACUUUGCUCCCUUUCCUUAAAGGUUACAUUCUCUCAAGGCCAAUCUCGACUCCCGAAUGCUCGAUUUGCUAUGAAGAGUACUCGGCUUACCAGCCCGAUCUUACGCCAAUACUUCUCUCUUGUAGACAUUCGAUUUGCAAUCGGUGUGUGGGGAAAAUCAAAAUCAUCGAUUACUCGGCUGGUCAUCGUUUACGGUGUCCACUCUGUCAAGUGAUGCUCGCAAGUGCUGAUUGUUCGCAGAAUCAACCACUCGUUCAGUUCAUCAAAGAGCUUCCCGAGAUGACAGCACAAAUGGAGAACAUUCAGAAAAAUGCAAGUAUUGGAAUUGCGAAGAGCUAUCUUGUAGUUGAUUGUUCUGAUUGCGAGAGGAAGUGCCCAUUAACCGAUAAUUUCUACUGUAAUGAUUGCCAAGUGAGGAUUUGUGCCAAGUGCACUGUUCUUGGGCAUCGAACUCACUCAUUGACUCAGAUGGUUGAAGAAGAAGCAAAAAACUUACGAGAUAUUAUUAUUUGUUUUGCAUCAAGAACUUCA